UAUUUCAUUUUGUAUUUGUUAAGAAUAUUGAAAUCAAUUGUUGCUCUUUUAAAUUUUUUUCUUUGUUGUAAUUUAUUCAUCCAAUUUUAAAUUAGUAAUCUAAACCAGGGUAUUAAACCAGUUAACCAAUUUUUCACAUUGUGUCUCAUUACUUGAAAAUAUCUGACAAGGAUUAGAGAAUCAUGUCUUCAUGAACAUAUCUUGUACAGCAAAUAUUAAGCAACUCUCAACAUUAACCAUAGCAACCCUAUCAACAACAUUAAACAAUGGCUUUUUGGUUAUGCUUUUCACCAUUGUGUUGAUCCUGUUUAUGGUGCCUUUAACUUAAAGUGAUUCAAAGUUUACAGUAGUUAACCAGAUUAAUGAAAGACUCUAUUGCUAUAUUCUGGACCAAUCAAUUCUAACCAGAUCAACCUGUUGUUUUUUCACGUCUCUUGGCUUUUCUUGUAGCCAUUUUCAAUUUUCCAUGUUACAUAAAACCAUGUGUCAAGUCAACUCACAUCAUGAUUGAAUUACCAGAAUUUAGAAACAAAAUGUUUUAAUGGUACGUUUCCAAGAGACCUCUUGUAUCCAUCUUUAAAUCAUUAAAUUGUGAAGUCGGGGAAACAGGAAAAUGAAAAGUAAAAGUGAUGAUUCGUGCAAAGUGAAUGAACAAUAAUCAAGGUUGAAAAAAUUCAUUUACAUCAUAAUUUCAAUCCUUGGAAAUCACUAUACUUUGCACCUUCUCAGUUAUUCAAAUAUAUGUAUCCGUCAUCGCUUAUAAACAAAUGAUUGCCUGUUAGUUUAAUGAUGGUGUUUCAUCAUUAUUUUGUGUUAUUUGAACCUAAAUCACGAGGACUAUCAUUCCACUCUACCCUUUGACUUGGUGGUCAAUUUGUUAUUUCCGCCUUUUGGUUAUUUCUCUUUUUGUUAUUGGCUCUUUUGUACUUCAUUCUUUCUUACCUUUAACUGUGAUUACCGUGAAAAUAUCGAACAAAAUUUAGUUCAAUUCAUUUUGAUCUCCUGUGUAUCUGUUAUAUUGAUCAAAUUUCAAAAUGGCUCGAUCAGAGACCUACAAAAGUGGUCGAAAUAGGAUUAACCAGCAAGUCAAGAUUAUGCUUUGGAAAUCAUUGAUUGUUCGUCGAAAUCACAUCUCCGAAUUAUUAUGCGAGUUUUUGAUUCCAUUGACGAUUUCAAUCAUCUUUGUUAUUGUUCUUAUCCGUCUGGGAUCAUUACCUAGCAGCACCACUUCUCGCGUUCCAGCUCAAACCUUCCCGGAUCCUUCAUUCAAUUUUGACCCAAGUAUUUUCGGUUUUUCUAAUAUUCUAUACGCACCUAAUGAUGAAAAGACUGUCAAUAGAAUGACAAUGAUCGAAAAAAAGCUGUCGAUGACUGGAAUUCGACCAACGUUUGCCAAUUUUUCAACAUCGGAAGAUCUUUACAGUGAAUAUCUUAAAAUGAUAGCCAUUGAUCCAAACGCUUUAAUUUUUGGAGUCUUAUUUGAUCAAGAAAAAGCUAAUAACCCUGCAUUUACGUAUACUAUUCGUUCCCGGAUGCCUCAUUGGUUGAAAACAACAUUUUGUGUCAAAACAAAUUCAUAUCCUUGCGUUGAAGCUCCUUACAAUACAUUUUCAAAUCUCCAAACUCUUGUUAAUCUAGCCUAUUUGACUGAAAAAUUUCCCGAAAUUGAAUUGGACAUGACAAAAGUUUUAUCUUCAGGAUUGGUUAAAGGUUAUCGCUUCCCAUAUCCAUCUCACACUACAGCUAGUGAUAAUCUUUCAGACUUAACUCCAUGGGUACUAGUUUUUGGCUUCAUCAUUUCUUAUGUUUUUAUUAUUAAGCGUAUCACUUCCGAAAAGUCCAACCAAAUCAGAGAAAUGUAUAGAAUAACUGGACUUAUGGAUUGGAUUUAUUGGUUUGCUCAUCUUGCUGAUCAUUACGCCAUUUUCUUAGUUCAAGCUCUCAUUGUAACUGGACUUUUUACUAUGAAAAUUAUAAAUGGAAAUGCUUGCGUUUUUAAUUACUCGUCAUAUUCGCUCGUUUUCUUCAUUACUGCUCUUUGGGGUUUAAAUUUCACCCUAUCAGCUUUAGCUUUAUCCAUACCUUUCAAUCGUCCAAUUUCAGCUGUUGUUUUUGGGGCUUUAUUUUGGACCCUCCAAAUUGUUCCAGCUUAUUAUAUUGAUCCUGCUACCAAUCCAUUGGUUGAUGUGAUUGAAACCAGAGAGUUGAGAUUUAUUUCAUGCUUCCUGCCAAAUAUGGCUUUAACUUUGGCGAUAAGAGUUAUCCAACAAAAAGAGAUUUAUGGUUAUGGUGCAACUUGGUCUAAUCUUUUCGAACCUGCCUCAGUUUUCGGUGAAUUAUCAUUAGGUAUAAUAAUAAUUAUAUUGUUUGUGACGUCCCUGAUGUAUAUACCUUUAAUAUACUAUUUGGAAAAAGUCAUUCCAUCACAAUAUGGUAUUUCCAAGCCAUGGCUGUUCCCUCUUCAUGCUCUUUUCCGUUAUAAAACAAACAAGAAAACUAAAAGAGAAGAGCCUUUAGACUGGGAUCACGAUAAUUUUGAGCCCCUUGCCCCAUCCGAUGAGGUCAAAAUUUCCAUUAGAAAAGUUCUCAAAGAAUUCGACACCAGUAAUCCACCAUCAAUAGCAGUGAACAAUGUAUCUUUGGAUAUUCCUCAUCACCAGAUAACCAUGCUAUUAGGGGAGAAUGGAGCUGGUAAAACAACUUUAAUGAGUAUUAUUAUUGGUCUUAUUCCUCCCACCAGUGGUUCUGUUAUUAUUGAUGGUCAUGACAUUCUCGAAGAAACCGCUGAUGCUCGUCGGAACCUUAGCUUUUGUCCCCAAGCUAAUGUCCUUCAACCUGAGCUAAGUGUUGAAAAUCAUUUAAUGUUGUAUGGUGCCAUUAAAGGUGUCCCCAUGUCGAAGCUUUCAGACGAAGUGACUCGGAUCGUUGAAGACAUAAAACUUAACAAUUUUCGGCAUCUAAAACCUAACUCACUUUCUGGUGGAAUGAGGCGUCGUCUCAAUUUAGGUAUUGCACUAAUUGGUGAUUCCGAAAUUAUCAUUUUAGAUGAACCUACUGCAGGAUUAGAUCCUGGAUCUCGGCGUGAUGUGUGGAACAUUUUAAAUGAAAUUAAAAGUCGUAAAACUGUGAUAAUGACUACUCAUUUCAUUGAAGAAGCUGAUGCUAUUGGGGAAAGAGUAGCUAUCAUGAGAAAAGGUAAAUUGGCCUGUUUUGGAUCACCUAUGUACUUGAAGCGUCUUUUCGGAACUGGCUAUGAAUUAAGAGUAGCCAAAUCGGAAGAAAGCUCAGUUCAAGAUUUAACAGCAAUAAUGCAAACUCAUUUUCCAGGAGCCAAAAAUACUUAUGCUGUUGAAGGGGAAGUCAUUUACUCUUUACCGCAGGAACAUGCAAAUUCAAAUGUUUUCCACAUUUUCUUUCAAGACCUUGAAGAAAGAAAAGAUGAACUUAAAAUUUCUUCCUGGGGUUUGAGUUACACCACAUUAGAAGAAGUUUUUAUUAGAGUUGUAGACACAGAAGUAGCUCAACUUAACCACACUGGAUCCCAACUCUUUAAAUCAAACAAUCAGUUAAACUCUGAUGCAACAAAUAGUUUACCAGCUCAAACAAAUAGCGAACAAAUGAGUGCCAAAGAUUAUCUUCAUCCAACGAUUUUCUUUGUUGCUGGACUUUGUCUUUUUUUCCUUCGAAUCAAAGCAUUGCUCAUAAAACGUUUCAACUAUUCCAAGCGUUAUUGGAAAAUAAUUUUAUUUCAAAUAUUUAUUCCUACUGUUCUAUUUGCCGUAAUCAUGCUUUUGGAUCAAAAAAUUGUUGGAAUGGUAACACUUUUCAAACAAACCGUUCAGCUUAGUUUACAACAUCUCUACGGAUCAACUAAUGCGCUAUACAGUAAUCCAUCUGGUGAUGCGACCAUCUUUGGUGAAAAAUUUGGAGAAGUGUUGUCAGCUGAAUAUGCUAAAAUUACUUACCUCAAUUCAACAACAUCAGUUGAUGACUACAUGCUCAAACUAGGUGAAUUUUUAUCAAUCAAUCAAUAUAUUCACGACUAUAUCGUUAGUAUGGAAUAUACGGACUAUGAGCUAAAAAUUUAUUACAAUACAGAAGCUCUCCAUUCUCUUCCAAUUGUCAUAAAUCUACUUUUUGAUACGGUAUAUCGAAAUUUAACCGAUUCAAAAACACUUUCACCUUAUCCAGACCCCAUAAAAGUUGUAGAAUCCUCGAAUGGUCCUUUAUUUCGCUUUCAAACCUACAACUAUCCAUUUCCUUCUAAAGGUGAUCUACUUCAACCAAUUAUUUCUACAGCCGUACGACCUCAUUUAUGGUCACUUUUGGUACAGAUAACAAUGCCCUUUCUUGCUGCUAGUCACAUUCUUGUCCCUAUCCAUGAGCGAAGUUCAAAAGCCAAGUUACUUCAAAUUAUGACUGGUCUUCAUCCCAUAAUGUAUUGGAUUUCCCAUUUUAUUUUUGACAUGAUGAUUCACAUAAUAUGUACUUUAUGCAUUUUUACUGUUGUCCUUACCUUAGACUUUCAACUAAUCUUUCAUAACGAUUUAAAUAUUCAAAUGGCCUUUUUAUUGUCAUUAAUUACUUCUGGAGUUGCUUCCAUUCCAUUGGCAUACGUUUUUUCGUUUCUAUUUGACCGUCCCAGUAUCGGUUACUCUUUUCUCGUGCUUCUUUUCCUCGUUUUUGGUGUUAUGACGGCCAUUAUCAACUUUAUUAUUGAAAGUCUGGUUCCUAAAAUAGUUUCACAUUCUUUCAAACAAAUAUUUGACAUUAUUGUGGCCUUUUUCCCUCUCCAUGCCAUGACCAUGGCAAUUGUAAAAGCUUUCAGUAUUGCCCUUGAAUCAAAAGUUUGCAGUCAAGUUAUGCCAAAACUACUGGAGGUUCAAUGUGUCAAUGCAACUUACUCAGAAACAGAUAUGACUUAUCGAUGUUGUCCAAAAAUUUGUGAAAAGACUGAUGAUUGCUUUGAAUAUCGUGAUGCAUUGUCUUGGAAAUACGGUGUUUUACCUAGAUUGUUGCAACUAAUUGGAGAAGCAGCAAUCUUUUCGAUGGUUCUACUUAUUUUAGAAAUUUAUUAUGAUCGACUCGAAUGGGUUAAUGAUAUCAAAGAGGUUCUCUUGACCAAACUUUCAUUUCACACAAGUUAUGCUGAUGAAGAUCCGAGAAGACGUAACAUUGAGAGUGAAGAUUCUGAUGUAACUGCUGAAAGACAUCGUGUAUAUUCCGAACGAAAUGGAGCAUCUCCAGAUCAAGAUAUUCUCAGUGUGAUUGAUUUAAAGAAGCAGUAUCGUAAAUUUAGAGCUGUUGAAGGUUUGACUUUUGGUGUUCGACAAAAUGAAUGUUUCGGCUUGUUAGGUAUCAAUGGAGCUGGAAAAUCGACUACAUUUAAGAUGCUUGUAGGUGAUAUUAGACCGACUUCAGGCAACGCUUAUAUUGGUGAGCUUGACAUCAUGCAUAGCAAGCGAGGUUACCAACAAAGCAUUGGUUAUUGUCCUCAAUAUGAUGCUCUUAUUGAUCUUCUUACUGGACGUGAAAUGUUAUAUCUUUUUGCUCGACUUCGGGGACUGGAAGAAAAGUGUAUUCCUGUUGUUGUAAAUCAAUUAAUUUCAGAUGUUGAUCUGCAAUUCCAUGCUGACAAAGUCACUGGUUGUUACAGUGGAGGAAACAAAAGGAAACUAAGUUUAGCUAUGGCUCUUGUGGGUGCACCUCGAGUUGUUUUUCUUGAUGAACCAUCUGCUGGUGUUGAUGCUGCUAAUCGUCGAAGAAUGUGGACCGUAUUAUCUGCUGUUAGAGAACGAGGUUGCUGUUUGGUCUUAACUAGUCAUUCAAUGGAAGAAUGUGAAACUCUUUGCUCACGAAUCGCUAUCAUGGUCAGCGGUGAGUUCAAAUGUUUGGGCAGUCUUCAACAUUUAAGACACAAAUUUGGUCAAGGAUUCAGUUUGUAUAUAAAAAUCAAAGUGGAUAAAAUUAUGGAUCCUGAUUAUUUGGUGGAAGUUCGUCGAGUAGUUGAAUCCAAGUUACAUGCCGAGUUGAAGCAGCAUCAUUUUGUUAAUUUAUUUUAUCACAUUCCUGAUAAAUCAUUGAAAUGGUCUUAUCUUUUUGAAACAAUGGAAACAAUUAAAGAAACCUAUCAACUUGAAAAUUUUAUUAUAAGUGAUACUUCAUUGGAGCAGAUAUUUUUAGCGUUCUCGAGCAAACAAAUUUCAACUGAUUGAUGUGCCAUUUUUUCUGCUUAAUUUUUCUUUUUUUGUCAUUCUCGAUGUUCAAAAAUCAAUCUUCUGUGUGAUCCAUUAAGAAAUAUUUAUGAAAAUCAAAUUAUUUUACUUAAUGAUCAAAAGUUUUCAAUUAUUUCUUGGUUUGUUGUGAUUUCUUAGUUUAUUAAACAUUUUUAUACCAAUACAAA